GAGUGCACUGCCUGCUUGUGCAGUUCACACCGAUACAAACAACAAAACAAACCUGAGUCACUAGUUGGGCCGUGUCCAACUCAGUUCUGGACUUGUGUUUGAUAGGGGCUCAAAGAUUUCCGUAAAGAAUGAGUGAAAUUCCAGUUUUGCCACCAGAGGUCAUUUCGAUGAUCCUGGACUUCCUAACAUUCCGCGAACGACUUGCGUUAGCCACCGUAUCCAGACAGUGGCACGAUCUGGUGUUUGGACCAAAGCUGUGCCAGCAGCAGCUGGUUCUUCGCAUGAGCUCCACUAAGGGACCGUCGCAGCCCAGCUUACCGGUUCAGCGAUGUCGCCGAGUUCAGGUCGAUUGUCGCGGGUUGGACGAGGAGAAAGUGGCUUUGGGGAAACGUUUGCUGCUGGAAUCGCCUGUGCAGCAUUUGACUGUGAUUGGGAGGGAUCUGGAGAUGAAGUGGGUUUUGGAGGAGUGUUUGAGUUUGAUGAGUCGGUUGGUUAGUUUGGAAGUUGAGUGCAAAUCUGAAGGUGGUGCUACUUUGUCUCUUGCGAAUGGUAACCUUGAGAGAGUUACGCUGAGUGGGAGUUGGAAGUUCGAUGUGGAUUUUGCUGGUUUGAAGAGCAUUUCAAUACAUCAGAGUGAUGAAAGCAGGGUUAUAACUUUGCCGAAUGCUGGUACUUUCGCUGAGAUUAACUCCUUCCAUUUCAAUGGGUUGUACCAAUGCAGCAGGGACUUUGGUCAAGUUUUUGAGAAAAUGAUUGCGUUGAAAAAGGUGCAGCUAGAACAUGCCGUCUUUGAGUCGAGUCAGUUUAACGUGCUGACCUCGCUAACCGAUCUGAGAUUGCUCGACACCACAACCAAAUUUGUAGCAUGGAAGAGAGCCAUAGCCGGAAUGAAGCAACUCAAAACACUGCACCUUAUUGGAUGUACGUUUGAAGAGGGCACGGUGCCAAGUACCAGUUUUGCCUCGGAUACUGUCACUGAGUUUAGCUUUUACCCUGGAGAAGAAAACGACGUAAUUUUACCAGAUUUCCCAAAUUUGCUAAACAUGAGCUACAUUUCAAAAGAAGAAUCGACUCCUCAGAUGUUCGAACCGAUUUGCAACAAGUACCAGAAACUUCAACGAUUGUCGUUUGGCUUGAGUGGAGGUCAAUUUGGAAGGUUUCUCACAGAGUCCUGUAUCGCUCACAUCAACAAACUUCCCGCGCUGAAAAUCCUCCAACUCGUGCGAAUGUUCCUGGACAAUGUGGACUGGUCCCUGUGCCGAAACCAACUUCAAAAGAUCCGACUGGUAAGCAGCCCAAUCGACGGGCGGGCAGCCCAGCAUCUUGCCGCGACCUUCCCCGAACUGCGUGAGCUCUUCCUGGACUAUGGCUACCUGCGACAACCGGCCGAGGCGUUCGAGAUUGCGGAAAACUUUUCCGAAGAGCAAGCUCUGAGGCGCCGGUUACCGCGCUGUCGCGUUUCGUACUACGAUUGCCACGUAGAGUCACUGUACGAUACGUGCUCGGGACGGAGACGAGACGCCGGAGGAGUGCCCUCCUCCUGAGGGCGGUGUUACUACUUGUUUCUUGGCGUUAUAUGCGUUGUAAUGUUCAAGUAUGUUGUCAUCUUUCUGGGAGGAGGAGCGCUCGGUGGGGGAGAUUCGGAAUGAAAAAUAUAGUGAUAUAGUUUACCUCAUCGUA